CAGGCUGUGGUCUAUCUUGUUUAAACUCCACGGAAGAGGAAGAAGAAGAGUCUCCACCCUCUUUCCUUGAACUGCCUGGAAGUAGGCAGACAGACCGAACGGCAACAUGGCAGCAUUGAGGCCUCUGAAAAGGCCCAAGAUCGUCAAGAAGAGGGUGAAAAAGUUCAUCAGACAUCAGUCAGACCGCUAUGUCAAAGUCAAGCAAAACUGGCGUAAACCCCGUGGAAUCGACAACCGGGUGCGCCGGCGCUUCAAGGGCCAGAUGCUGAUGCCCAACAUCGGCUACGGUAGCAACAAGAAGACCAAACACAUGCUGCCCUCCGGCUUCAGGAAGUUCCUGGUCCACAACAUCAGAGAGCUGGAGGUCCUCAUGAUGAGCAACAAGACCCAUGCUGCAGAGAUAGCCCACAAUGUGUCGUCUAAGAACAGGAAGUUGAUCGUGGAGAGGGCAGCUCAACUGGCCAUCAAGAUCACCAACCCCAACGCUAGGCUACGCAGCGAGGAACACGAGUGAUCUGGGACGCGCCUCUAUUUCCUCUAUUUAUUGUUUCUUCAAUAAAUUAUAAAUACACCUGUAAAUAGUA